GGCAGAGGGUAGACCUAGAAGGAGGUAGGCAGAGAACAAGGCAUUAAGACAGUGCAGAGCUGCUAAAGCUGGUGGAAUGAAGCAUCUUCCAAUCGUACUGUGGUUGUGUGUGGCAGUUUGCUCAGCCUAUCCAUUGAAUGGAGCUGCAAGAAAGGAGGACAGCAGAAUGGAGCUUCUUCAGCAAUACCUAGAAAACUACUACAACCUCGGAAAAGAUGUGACACAAUUUUUUAAAAGAAAGGACAGUAGUCUUGUUGUUAAAAAAAUCCAAGAAAUGCAGAAAUUCCUUGGGUUGGAGGUGACAGGGAAGCUGAAUUCUGACACUUUGGAGAUGAUUCACAAGCCUAGGUGUGGAGUUCCAGAUGUUGGUCAGUUCAGCACCUUUCCUGAUAUGCCAAAGUGGAGGAAAAACCAUCUUACUUACAGGAUUGUGAGUUACACACAGGAUUUACCAAGAGAUGAAGUUGAUUUUGCCAUUGAGAAAGCUCUGAAAGUCUGGGAGGAGGUGACCCCACUCACGUUCUCCAGGAUACAUGAAGGAGAGGCUGACAUAAUGAUCUCUUUUGUAUUUCGAGAACAUGGAGACUUUAUCCCUUUUGAUGGACCUGGAAGUGUUUUGGCUCAUGCCUAUGCGCCUGGGCCCGGGAUUAAUGGAGAUGCUCACUUUGAUGAUGAUGAGCUAUGGACAAGGGAUACAACAGGGACCAAUUUAUUCCUGGUUGCUGCUCAUGAACUUGGCCACUCCUUGGGUCUCUUCCACUCCGCCAAUACUGAGGCUUUGAUGUACCCAGUCUACAACUCCUUCACAGACCUAACUCGAUUCCGCCUUUCUCAAGAUGAUGUGGAUGGCAUUCAGUCCCUCUAUGGACCUCCUCCUCCCUCUGCUGGUGACCACGUGGUACCCACAGAGUCUGGGACACCAGCCGCGUGUGAUCCUGCUUUGUCAUUUGAUGCAGUCAGCACCCUGAGGGGAGAAAUCUUGUUCUUUAAAGACAGGUCAGACUGGAAGUUGUAGUCCCCUAUCUAUUCUCAUGAUGUACAGUGCUUAAAAAAAAACAACAAGGAGAAACCUGGUAGAGAUCUUUAAACAUUUAAGACAAAAAUGGUACCUUUUCUACAUUUUCCUAAAAUUGUCAAGUUCAUUUUUGUAGACUCAGAAUGAUUUGAUCCCUGUCCUCAGACUGUUAUUCCCAAAUGUCCUAAGUACAUUUUCAAAAGGUACAAGUAGAUCUUUAUAAUCAAAUUUUUUGAACUUCUUUUCAAAGUGACCCCUGGAUAAGAAUUACAUUUAAUCAAUUAAUUUACUGACGAGUGGAUAAAUAUGCACAUGAUAAAACACUCAUACUAAACAAGUGAAAGUUAAGUUUUGAUUCUCCAGA